CUACUAUUACCAUUACUUACAUCAACUUAAUAACAUAAAUUAAGUUGCUGCCGCAAGCUUCUAGAUCUAUUCUCAAUGGUUUAGCCAUUGCGGGGAAUCACAUUAAGCGUUAAUGAAAAUUGAUUGUCCUUAAACGCUUUUGUUGCCCGGCUAUAUACGAUGGUUAAUGUAAUCUUUUAUUUAGUGAAUGGUUGACCCAGCCCUUUCUACGGAAUAACUCGUACAGGUUCAGUUAAGACUUGCAGCGUAGAGGACCAAAUAAUUGAAAAACAUGCCCUGUCUCUUUACAUUAGCAGCACUUGUCGUCGUCUUAGGGCAGACCUAUGCCCAAACCAGCGUAACAGUUGAAGCCGCCUCCUUACUUCAACAGAUAGACGGCUUUGGUGUCUCACAGGCGUUUGGACGUGCUGCCGAGUUCAGGGACUUGCUUUCAGGGGAUCCCCAACAACAAGGCCUAGACUACCUAUUCAACGCGACCACCGGUGCAGGCCUCACAAUAAUUCGCAACCGUAUCGGCUCAGGCACGACUGACAGUGACAGUAUCCUCCCGAACAGCCCCGGUGGCCCCAGCGUGGCUGCAAAUUACACCUUCGACGAUGAUGAUCGCGGUCAGGUCUGGUUUAGCCAACAGGCAAUGAAGUAUGGCGUGAAGAUUAUCUAUGCAGACGCAUGGAGCGCCCCUGGUUUCAUGAAAACCAACAAUAAUGAGAACAACGGCGGAUAUUUGUGUGGGACUCCUGGUCAUACUUGUUCUUCUGGAGACUGGCGUCAAGCCUAUGCCGACUUCUUGGUGCAGUACGUCAAGUACUACAAUGCUCGCGGUAUUCCUAUCACUCAACUCGGUUUCUUGAACGAGCCCGACUACGUGACGAGUUAUUCGUCGAUGCAGUCUGGUGCCAAUGAAGCCUCAUCGUUCAUCCCUAUUUUAUACGACACACUUGAAAAGAACGGGCUCAAUAAUGUGUCUUUGACUUGCUGUGACGCAAUGGGUUGGAACUCCCAGAAAAGUAUCACCCAAGGUCUCGUCUCGGCGGGCAUGGAGAAAUACCUGAAAUACAUAACGAGCCACAUGUAUUCGAGCGACCCGAAUUCGGUCAUACCUACGAACCUCAAGACAUGGCAGACCGAAGCAGCUGAUCUCCAGUCUCGGUGGUGCGCGACUUGGUACAGUGGCGGGGGGCAAUGCGAAGGCUUCACCUGGGCCAACAAGAUCCAUAACGGCCUCGCAAAUGCCAAUCUGUCUGCUUACAUAUAUUGGCAAGGUGUGGAGGUUAACCAAUUUCAAGCAUCUUCGUACCUUGUCGCGAGUGACGGUGAAACGCUUACUCCCUCCGGGCGUCUCUGGGCAUUCGCAAUGUGGUCACGUUUUGUACGUCCCGGAGCCUAUCGUGUGAGCACAUCGGGUAGUGUCUCUAGCACCGGCAUCACCGCGUUCAAGAACACGGACGGUUCCGUCGUUGUCGUUUUCCUGAACUCUGGGGGCUCGCAACAGACUGUCAAGGUUUCCUUCAGUGACUUUACUCCGGCAGGUGCUGAGGCUUUUGUGACAGACAACACUCGGUCCGUAGCCCCGGUGGAGGCAGCUUUCUCUGAUGGAACCGUCACAGUCUCUGUUCCGUCACGCGGGAUGCUCACAGUCAAGUUAGCGGCCGCAGCCUAAAUUCUAAAGGGUUUCAAACUCGCUCUUUUUCAUAUAUGAACGUAAUGAUUGUGAAGGGAACCUACUAUAUAUAUAUACGCGAGUAGUUUUAAGAUGAAUCAUAUCGAAUAUUUGCGUUUUCUUCCUUAUCCGUAUAUCACAGAAACUUGUCGACGGAAAGGGGGCAAAGGUCGCACGGUGUGCCCUUGACGCUCUCAACCCAAGA